AUGAUGGCCAACGCUGUCGAAAUGCAACAGCUGCUCAUGUCAAUGGAUCCGGUGGGUUACUGUAGUUCCGUCUAGAUGCCAGCUCUCCGGCCUUCCAGUUAAUUAUAGAUCAGAAAUGUUAUUGGUGUGAGAGAGUAUGUUUCCAUUUCAUUUUCGCAAAACAUUUACAGCUCAGAGACACACUCACAAUAACAAUCCCACAAUAUAUUUUUUACUUUGAUUUAUUUGUACUCUUUAAAAGGCUCGUCUUAGACGUUGCUUUGUCGUUUUGAAUCCUCUCGCUCUCGCCACAUUUGCAUUACUUCUCGUUGCCUCUUUUUGGCACUGUACCGCUAAUCCACUUGAGUCUGUUGGCAUAGAGCCAACAAUUCAACCUUCUUCCCCUUUGGCUCUUUUGAAAUUAUACCCUUCUGAGGAGAAAGAAACAGAAAAGAACACCUGGUCAUCAUCAUCAUCAUUCACAUCUAAUUAUAAUCAGGCAAUUAGUUGUUGUUUCCUGAAAUCAAAAAGUCUGAAUUCGAACAGGGGCCAUUGAGAUUGUGAUCAAGGCCACGAGAUAAGCUGUCGGGCCGAUUACUCAACCGUCCGGCCGGUUCCCAUACACUUUUUGAGAAGAUGAUCUCGAUAAACGAACUCUGCCGGAGGCCUGACUCGCACGAAUUCCAUUCGAUUCGAUUCCAUUCAUUAGAGUUCACACACACCUUCCGAAUAAUUCAUCUCGUUUCAUAAGUUGAAUAAUCUCGUCGAAACCAAACCCAAUCUCGGAUUGAAAAGGGGGGAAAACGAGAGUGGGGGGAGAAGUAGAAAAGUUUUAGUAAAAAUACGGAAGCUAGUUGAUCCAUUUCUCUGUGUCGCUGUGACAAGCGUCUCCUGCUGCUCCGAUUUGAAACGAAAAUCGCAGGAAACGAUUACUCAAUUAAAGUGAGACACACGCUAGUGGCCGGGCCGCCCUCAAGACUCGCACGAAUUUCAAGACGGUGUCCCCGCCCAUUUACUUGGUUUACAACCCGUUUACAACCUGCGCGUUUUCGCGGUCCGCAACACUUUUUCCGUCCGCUCCGAACCCUUCGAGAGUUGACCUCCUCUCUCGCGUUCUGUUCUGUUUCUUUGCAUUUAUUCAUUCUCGGUCCUGUGUUUAGUUAGUGGAGAACCAUCAAGGCCCCCCUUCCCCCCGUUCUUCCAUUCCCGUGGGCUCCUCCUCCUCCUCCCAAUGUAUCUUCUGCCUCCGUCUCAUCGAUUCGCGCGCUGUCUCGCCGGGUAAUACGAGGGUCCCUCCCUCCCUUCCCGUGUCAUCGAAAAAACGGACCACCCUUCUUCUCGGCGGGACCGUUUCUCGUUCUGCCCUCUCUUGUUUGCACUGAAUUCGUCGUCGUUCUCUUCUCGACAGUGGGCCUCCCGGGAGACGAGUGCGCUCAUUUCGAAUGGACGGCGGGCUGACCAGUUGACCGCCAGCAGGCGUUCGUCCGAUCGCCAGUUGUUUCUUUUUUUUCUCUCUCUCUCAUUUCCACCCGAGAAUGCUCUGCGCGAACACCCAUUCCCAUUCAGAUAAACAGUUGUCGCCGCGUAAAACUUUGAUAAGAUUGCAUUCCAACUUGCGCUGCUCUCUUCGUUUACUUUUUCUUCGACCGUUCAUUCACCAUAAUAUAUCUCAGUUGCCAAAAGAGAAAUCGAAAAGUUGCACACUGAUAAAUUGCUCAGGAACACAUUCUGCACAUUUUUAUUAAUUUACAACGUUUUCAUAUCUUCAGCAGCAAUCCCCAUUUACAAUUUCCAAAGUGCCCUUUCACUAAAUCUUUACCUGAAGUGACGAUCUCGUGGGGACCGCCCUACAGUAGUCCGCUCCGUUUGCCUCCAUUUUCCCCCACUGUUCAAGUGCGCUUGUAAUCUCGUCCCGAAAUCUCACCUCAUUAAACAAUGGCUGGCUGGUCCGUCAAUCUAAUCCCCCGUUUUCCCUCUCUCCCCGUUCGGACCAUUCCAUUGUCUCUUCCAAAUGACCUCUUCUCCUCCUCGCAACCCCCCUAAUAGUUUCACCUUGAAACGGUCUCAUUCGAUCCAUGAUGUUGGCUCUUGCUCUUCCUAAAACUCCCCUUAAUACCUCCCUCGCCAAGCUCUUAAAAUUUUUGUCCGCUUUUUUCGAAUCAUCUACAGAAAUGGGCAAUAGUGUCCGGCGGCUCAACUUUCAAAUCCGAUUUGAUUUCGAUGGAUCAUCUCCCACCUUCCCUCCCUCCAGCUCUCCAAAUCCAUUCUGAGCACUUUUCCACAAAAUCUACUGCAUUACGGCAGCGUUUUUCCCAGGAUUUUGGCAACAUUUCAUCUAAUUUUGGACUUGAGAGGGGUGUGGGAAUCGGUUGCUUUCACGCACCGAGUCAUGUGGAAGUUUGAGUUUUUUUCCCGGCAUAAUCCUCCGAAAUGCAUACUUAUCUCCCGUUUGCAUUAUCUCUGAUCCUGCGUAGAUAAUGAGAUUGUCAGCCAUUCUAAUCCUUUCGUCCUCGAAUACCUCCAACCUAUAAGUUCAAAAUGUGUUUACAUGUACGUUUUUCAGUCGAGUGCUAGCCAGUUCGGAAUGAUGAACAAGGGAGGCGCGUGUGUUCUGACUACUUCCGGCGGCUCCGCGAGCCCGACCUCUUCCACCGGCGCCGCUUCGAUGGAAUCCGACGAGAAGGAGCAGUUGCAGCAGCACUUGCUCCAGAACGGACUCGCCGCCAAUCCCCACCAGUGGAUGGCUCUGUUCCAGCAACAACAUCAACUGGCGGAGGCCAAAAUGAAGACGGGUGGCGGCAAUGACGUGGCCGAGCAGACACUGCCGGAGAAGAAUCUGAUCGACUUCCUGACGAACCCGAACAUGGACCUCAUGAAGAUCGCUGCACAAUUCGCGCAGCAAAAAGCGGUAAGUGAAAAGAAGUGGAAAAUGGAAUUACCAUGUCAUCCGGGCAGGGGAUUUAGAAAGAACCUAGAUGCAGGCGAGAUCUGCCGCGUGUGGACUUUUCGAUAAGUUUAGCGGGUUUCAUCACUACCUGAGCUGACGUCAGUUCGUUUUUGAAAAUGUUGUCACUUUGUGGCCCAUAAAAAGAGUAAGGGUAGACGGGAAAUGGGCAUCUCUCAUUUUAUGAUGACAGAUGGGAUCUCUGAGAAGAAAUCGAACCGAUAGUAAUUAUUGCAAUUCUAGCCUGAGAACGACGUCGAAGAACAACGAGAGUCCACCCCGACCCCUCCACCGGCAGUCUCCCUCAACUCAACUCUGGCAGCCAUGAUGCUUCCGACGACUUCUACCUCCGCCGGGUGCAGUGCCGCCAGCACCGCCUCUACCGUCGACUCGACCGCUUCCACUGUCAUUGUGAACGGUAACUCUGGAGCCGCCGCACUAGGAGAAGAGGAAGAGCAGCCUCCGAUGAAAAAACAGAAGUCUCGCGAGGAGACUCCCGUCACCCCGACCGCUCCGAACAACCUGAUGCAGUCGCUUCUUGCCCAGAUAGGAGGAUUCAGUCAAUUGCAGCAGCAGCAGUCUCAGAAGCAGAUGAAGGACGACUCACUCAUGUUUGGAAACCUGUUCCCCCAAGGAAUGGCCGGACUCCCGCUCAUGUUCCCUCCUUCCCUGCAGCAAUUCGCCGGAAUGCCGGAAUUCGAUCCACUGGCAAAUGCUCUCAAUACGGUAAGAUUUGAAAAGGAGGUGGCCAAUCAUAAACGAUUUGAAUUGCAGCCAAACAAAGGAAGUGGAGUGAAGAGACAGUACUCGUCAAACGGCAAAAAUUAUUGUGACAUUUGCAAUAAGGAAGUGUGCAACAAGUACUUUCUGCGGACUCACAUGCUCAAAUGCACGGAAUCGUCAUCGAUGAGAACAAGACGGUCAUCGCCAACAUUGACACUCUGGUCAAGGAGCGGGAAGGAGAGCUGUCGUUCCGAUGCGACACCUGCCGGACGAUGUUCAAGACGAGGAAUCAACUGCGCCAGCACAGACAGGACAUGCACGGCGUCCUGCCCCUCUCCACUCCCCGCAACAAUCAGAACAAGUCGUCCGUCCCGAGCACUCCCACCGGAGCCAACAACAAUCAGACGGUGAACACCCCGGCCACUCCGCUCGACGAGAAAUGCGCAAUGUGUGAGAAGAGAGUUCCGUCGGGCAUCAUGGCCAUGCACAUGGCCCAGGAGCACAUCGGAAACAUCGCCGCCAGCGUUUCGGCUCCCGAUCUCAACCAAGUGAUGGCUCUCAUCAGCCAGGUCGCCCAGAGAACGCAGAGCAUCGAGGAGAAGGAGCCGCAGGUGCUGAGCUGCACAGAGUGUGGCUACAAGUGCAGAGACGAGAAGAACUUGGAGAUGCACCAAAUGAGACACAUCAAGAUGAGCGAGGCGAAGACGAUGCGCGACGACGAAGAAGACGUCGCACUGAAGAUGACGACGGAGGCCGCUCUUCAGAUGGUCGUCCAGAAUCAGAAUCAGAUGGACGGAGACUCCUCGGCCGCCGCUCUCAAUCUGACCUUCAAGAACGACGUGAAGAAGGAGGAAGUUGAAGAGGAGAAGGCAGUUGCCACGCAACACGAGAGGAACUCGCACACGGUAAGAAUCGGCAAAAGAGAAUGUGAACUGAACAUUAUGAUUUCAGAGCGGAAGCAUCUCGCCAUCGGGAUCAAUUCCAGAAGGAUUCGGAAGGCCAGUCGGAGACAAGCUGUUCCCGACGCAAUCAUUCUUGGCCAAGAGCCACGAUGAGACUGGUGAGCAUCCGUCCGACCGUUCGAGCAUCUUCUCAAUGUACCCCUUUUGCAGGCUGCUUUCUCGGCGAGUUCCUGGUUCAAUUGCCGGUACGUUCGUUGGUCGAGGACCCCGUCAGAUCGUGUUCGAUCUUUUCCGUCCCCUCCCACCAACGAAGUAUAACCGCAGAGAACUUUUAUAUUCUCAAUUUUUUAAAAAGUCUCAACGCAGUCUAUGGGUAUCAAAUGUCCGGAACCGAUCCCCCGCCUUCCCUUGUUCUUUGUCCCUCCGUUCGCCCAGUUUCCGAUCUCUUGACCGUCUGAUGAUUGCAAAGUCUAUCCUCUCGAACCUCUUUCAGUUCUAUCCAUAGUCUCUCUUUCUCUUUCUCUCUCUCUCUCUUUCCCUUCAUCUCUGCUCUCCCAGUUAGCGACGGGCCCUUUUCAUCCUUAUAAUAAUCCCCCCCCCCCAAUCUCUCUUUCCAGAUGCCAAUCACCUGUUCACAUUUAUCUUUUAUCCCUAUUCCCCGUCCCAUUCAACGCCAAACACAAUCCAAUUGAAUCAAUUGUAGUUUGAUCUCUUUUGUCAUCCAAAUAUCCAUCUGUUUUUCCAUCCAAAAGUGUUUUCUUUUUCCAAAGAGUCUCCCUGCCAUAUUUCUAUUGAUUUUUAUAAUAGAUUUUGUAUCUUUCACAAUUUUGUCUGAAUUCUCCUCAUCUCUCCAUGCUUCUUGCACUUUCCAAAGAAAUCGUAACUUAUUCUGUAGUAACCCACUUCCCCUCUCUUGCAAAUCGGAUUUUGUGUGUGUGUGUAUGUUGAUACUGUAUCUCUUCACAAACUUCUCAUGUUUUCUAUCAUUUCCUCCUUUUCUCUUUGAAUUGGAAAUAUAUGAAUGUACGUUGUAAGUGCCGAUAAAAGAGAGAUAUUUAUGGAACCUUUUCUUGCUUUUCACCACGCAAAUUGAGUUUUCGCCACGGGCACACAGGAUCUCAUCUCUUUCGAGAGAAGUCACUUCUUCCUUUUUCAUUCGUACCCCCCGCCAUCCGUCAUUUCGAUUGUCAACAUGAUGGUGAUACCUGUCAGUCAGCACAAACUCAUCAAGAUCCGGAGAGUCAAUCGAGAUCGGCUCACAAAGUUCGCACUGAUUUGCUCGGCGAUCGCGUGUGGAUGCAAUACACUUUGUAAGUCUCGUUCUCACGGAAGUCAUUUGGAAAAGUACACAACUGGCGGUGGCAAAUGAUGACGUGGGUGAGAAGAAACAACUUUUAGGGAUGCUCUUCAGGUUUAGGAUUUAGAAAAGUAUGAUAAAACUAUGCGAUUCCUCAUGCGUAAUAAAUGCUCCGAGACUUUUCAAAGUCAGCGUGAGCGUCUGUUUACUGAUUCUCAUUAAGCACUCACUUUAGAGCUCUGAUUUUGUAUUCGUUCUUUUAAAAACUAAGAUCGGUGCAAUAUUCCAUACACCUAAACGUUCCCUAAAGCCCUGUAAACAAAAUAUUGCCGAAUACCGCAGGCUCAUCCACAAAUCACUGGCUCUACACUUCCGAAGUUCUCAAGUACUUUGUGUUCCCCAACCAGACUCUCAAUUUCGAUGACUCCUCCACUGCCACCGCUCCCGUUUACUUCAAGAAUGCGACCAUCGGUCCGUGGCUGUUCUGUUGGGCCGAUCGUGAGUUGGGCGGACUUUCUGGAUGAGUCUAGAAAUGAUUGGGAUUGCAGCCAUUACUCCGUUUCACUGUUCGACUGUUUACUAUUGGAUUGAUGAAGAGCCCAGCGACACGACCACUUCUGUUCAGCGUGAGAAUGAAUUCGGUUCUGAUUUUGAUAACUUCAAAAAUGGUUUCAGAAUCAGUGAGACGUGCGUUUCUCUUCAUGCUGGUCGGAAUGAUAUUGGAUGGAUUCGGACUUGUGAUGGCUGUCAUUUGCUAUUGUCUCAAGAAUCCCUACGCGUCCCUGCUCGCUUCUUCUCUGCUCCACAUAAAUUCCGGUUAACAGGCCAUUUCGCAACUCGACACUUCGCAAUUGUCCUUUAGGAAUCGCUAAUUUCUCGUGCAUCAUCGUCUACAUGUCAGCGGUUUCCAAAGAAGUUGGCAACAAAAUCCACGCGGCAAGUGAGAUGGAUGAUCCGCUCUUCUACAUGUCUUACGGCUUCUCUUUCUGGUGUUUAAAAGUUUGAAUAUAUGAAAAGGUCCUCCUUCGAAACUGUAUCUCUUCAGGCAAGUUUCCUGUUCACCGAACUCGCCGCUCUUUUCUCGAUAAUAGUUUACAUGGCAAAAAGGGACGAGCGAACUUUCAAUCGGUACAAAAUCAGAGCGACGUUCAACCUUCAGAAGGUACAGACUGACUCUAGAAAGCCUUUAAAUCCUUUGAAUUUGCAGAAGUUGGAGGAGCCAAGUGAUCGACAACUGAGCAUACUGACCGAGUCCUCGAACACGAGAUUCAACAGGAGGACCGGGUAUCAAACGCGCCUCGGGAGUUCUGUGCAAUUUGAGUUUCAGAUCUCACACUGCAUCCGAUUCUCCACCUCCCGAACUGGAUUCGAUGAUGAAUAGGCUCAGUUCGGACCGUGCACUCCAAAUGUACAAGUCGGGAAUGCAGGGAUCAUUCUCUCUGCUCGCUGACUCGUUCAGUCAUCUGCCGGAUUCAUCUGUGCACAACGGACGGAGGGCCAGUCGGAAGCAGCCCACGCCCAACAGGAAUCAGCCUCUUCGGCGAUUCGCGAUCCCAGUCGCUCAGGGAUGCCCUUCCUUUUCCAACUGA